AUGAGCAUGUACAUACCUCCCACACUACUGCAGCUGACCAUGCAGGGGCUGCUGAAGAAUGAAGCCUUGACCAUCUCUGCUCUGGACUCCAUGCCCAUUGAGCUCUUGCCACCACUGUUCAAGGAGGCCUUCGAAGGCAGACUCACAAAGAUAUUGAAGGCAAUGGUGGCAGCCUGGCCCUUCCCCUGCCUCCCUGUGGGGGUACUGAUGAAGACCCCUGAAGUGGAGAUCUUGCAAGCUGUGCUGGAUGGCAUAGACAUGCUGCUGACUCACAAGCCCCGUCCCAGAAGGUGGAAGCUUCAAGUGCUGGAAUUAAGGAAUGUGCACCAGGAUUUCUGGGAUGUGUGGGCUGGAAGAGAGAAUAGAGCCCACUCAGCAGAGACUGGGAGCGAGAAGCAGAUAGCAAAGAGCCUUCAUAGGUAUGCCCAGAGGUGGUAUUUGAAGGUGGUCACUGACCUGAGCCUCUGCUUCCAUCUGCAAGAACACCAAACAUGCUUGUUGCAGUGGGCCCAGCAGAGAAAGGGCUCUGUGCAGCUGUGCUGUGUGAAGAUGCAGAUCUGUGACUUCCCUGUGGAGACCAUCAUGGGGGUUUUAGACAUUUUCCAGCCACACUACAUCGAAGAAUUGGAACUAUUUACAAACCAGGUCCUUUCCUUCCUGGGUCACUUUGCACCUUGCCUUGGCCAGAUGAGAAAUCUCCACAGAUUCCGUCUACGUCACAUCUACUUGAACCCGGACAGAGUUUUAAUUACAUUUCCAGAAUCAGAGGAGAACUGUUUCUCCAAGUUCCUUACUCAGUUCUCCAAACUCCGCUGUCUCCAGCAUCUCUCCAUGUAUGGCAUCCGCUUUUCCACUGACAAAAUAAAACAGUUGUUCAGAUCCCUGAUGAUCCUGUUGGAGUCCCUGUCUAUCACACUCUCCCGUUUCUCACAGUCAGACUUGCAGUUCUUAUCACGGUGUCCGGGACUCUGUCAACUGAAGCACCUGCACCUCAGUCACAUAGAGUUAUCCACGUCACAUCCCACAGGUCUCCGAGUCCUCCUAGAGAAUGUGGCAGACACUCUGCAGACCCUGGAGUUAGAGCACUGCAGCUUGGAGGACUCUCACCUCAGUGUCCUCCUGCCUGCCCUGAGCCAGUGCUCCGAGCUCACCAGGGUCAAUUUCUGUGACAAUCUCUUCUCCAGGCCUGCACUGAAGGACCUUUUGCAAUGCAUGGCCAAUCUAAACCAGCUGGCUGUAGAGCUCUACCCUGCCCCCCUAGAGUGCUAUGAUCACCUGCAUAAUAUCCUCGUGGACAGAUUUGUGCAACUGUGUCCUGACCUCCUGGACAUAGUCAUGGCCAAAAGGCAGCCCAAGAAAAUGGCUUUUGUUACAGCCAUCUGCCUUGAAUGUUGUCAGCGCUGUGUCUAUGACAUGAAGGCCACACUUUGUCGAUGUUGGCAGUGA